GCGCGGUCGGGGAGCGGUGCUGACACUCAGUGGAAGCUGGGGAGAGAGAGGGGUGGGGGGGAUUCCCGCGCUGCCCCGUUGCCUGGUAACGGGCCCGGUUAUGUGGAUGAGGCGGCGGGAUGCAGGCGGCACAGCUGGCCGAGUUUGACGCAGAGAGCCCGGGCCCGUCAUUCAGGACAGCCCCCGGUCUGAGCUCGGGCCCGGCCGCGGGAUCCUGGCUCCAGCACACCCGGGAGCAGCUGCAGGUGUCACAGUGCCGGCGGCUGGUUCUCCCGGACCCGGUGCCGGUUCUGGUGCUGGCCGUCCAGCGGUACCUGGGGGAGGGCGCCCGGCCCGCGGCCUAUUGUUACGAUGUGAGCCUGUGGGACGGGGUGAGCCGGGAUACCUGGCUCCUGUCACCCGAGCUGGCCCAGUGGGUCCACCGGAACCGGCUCCGUUGCGGGCUGUGGGCCCGGAUCGGCCGCUGCUCCUACCGCUUCCUGGAGAAGAGGCUGUCCAGCGGGCUGGUGUGCAUCGAGGAGCUGGAGCUGGAGGAGGGACACGGGGCCGGGCAGGACGGGGUCACCGGGCAGGGAGACCGGGAGGACAUACCGCUACUGGGGGGCAGGAAACACUACCUACCCCUCUGGAAUAACGAGGAUCCCUAUGGGGGGAUAUGGAAAGAGGGCAAGCCGGCAGAGGAACAGCUCAAUGUCAAUGUGUCCAAGAUAUGUUCAUUGCAACACCUGGAAAAUAUUUGGAGAUGCAAAACUGCUUUACCUCCUUUGCUGGUACGAAUCAUGCACAAAUCCAGACUCAGAUUCUUUGGGAAACCUGACAAAAAAACUGACAUUCCUUACCAGGCCUAUUUUGAGGUCGCUGAUCACUCCGGAAUGAUGUCACUAGUGUUGUGGAAUUCACUGUGUCCUGAAUGGUUUAAUACACUUCAGGUUGGCAGAGUAAUCCUGAUUCAGCAAUAUGCAGUUAAAAAAAGUUAUUCUAAAAGGACACUCCCAACCCCAGGAAAUUUGCAGGUGAAGAGACUGCCUUCUCUUGAGAUAAGUUUGAAUGCCAGAGAUCCCCCAGCAAGUAUUAACAUUAUCAAAGAAAACCUUGUGAAACCAGAGUGGAGAUUGCCAGCAGUCACGUACCAAUUUGUUACAAGAGCGGAACUCAAUGAUCUACCUCACAACAAGGUCUGUGAUGUGAUAGGUCUUGUAAACUUUGUAGGAAGGUGUGAACGUAAAAGAUUUUCUGACGAUAGCGAGGAUUUCUGGUUAUAUCGUUGGGUUCAGAUCAUUGAUGGGACCUCAGAUCAACCAUUUCUCCUUGAAAUAUUUGCAACCUCACAGCCAGAGAUUUUUGAAAAGAUACACCCAAUGUCUUAUUUAGUGUGUACACAGAUGCGAGUUAUCCGAGAAGAUCCUCUGGACUCUCCCGGUGCUGUGUUCCUUACAACUUCUAAUGAGAGUCAGGUCUUUAUAUCUGGUCACCACAAAGGACAGCCGUAUAUCAGUGAUCGCAAAGUAAGAAACUUUAUCAGCUGGAUGAAAACUCAAAAUGAAGCCGAGGUGAAAAAGAAAGUUCUGAUCGGUGGUUAUCAUCCAUUCCCUCUAACACCAGCAACUUUCACGAAGUAUUGCAAUGAAAAUAAAGUUGAGUCUGUUUUGACAUCUUUUGGUGAACUUAGGAAUGUAAUUGAACAUCUGCACUACAGAGAACACAAACGCAUUGCAAUUCAUGGAGUGAUUGUGGCUUUGAGAUAUGUAGAGUACAAUGAUAUUGCCAGGAAUACCCCUGACAAAGAAGCACAUUCAGCAUCAAUGAGAUACCCUGCUCCUAAUGAUCAAGGAGGGAAGCAGCCAGCAGAAGAAAGCAUGUCGGGUUUACUGUUACAAGAAGCAGAAGUUGUACCAUGCUUGCAACCAAAAAGCAUAGGCAAGAAUCCUGUAAUGAAGAGAAAAAGACCACAUGAACUUUCUGCAGUCUAUGAUGUAGAUGAAGACAGUAAUUUUGUGCCUAGAGCAAUCGAACUAGAGGGAAGUGACAAGGAGUCCCAUGAUGCAGCAGGCAACAAAGAGGUAAAUUAUGUUUCCAAAUCAUCAAAAGAUUUAUGGGAAAGUGAUCUGUGGUCAGAAGUUGCCCAUAGCAUAACAGAACACCUGCAUUAUAACCAGGUAUUCCCAGGAAGCAGCCCUCGGAAAUUUGACUAUACUCAUAAGGAUAUUCUUAUGCAGCACUACAAUCUCCACCCUGCAAAAUGUUCAACAACAAUGUGCCAUUCUAAGAAUAUAGAAGAAUUUACAUCUGCCAACAGCAUUGGUCACUGUGAACUGACCAUACUCAGCAUAAAUCAAAACCUAGCAGUAGAUGUUGUUGCUCUUCCUGUAUUGUGUUCUGAUAAUUCAUAUGUGUUUACAAUGCAUCGGGUGCCAAGCACCGACCAGAUUCCCUGUCCCGGAACGUCCACAAAUAAUAAUACCGGAUGGACAACUCACUCUUUAUUUUCUGAAGGUGAACUUGCAAACUUUGUGCGUGCCCAUGACAGACUACAUGUCAUCUGUAUCCUGGAUAUCUUUUACCUGGAAGAAGAUAAAGUGGAAGUUUGCCUUAACAGAAUUUAUAAUCCUGUUGACGAAGCAGUACCCGUAACUUGAAGUCAUCAUUCGUUUUGUACUGUACAUUAUCACUAUAUUUUUUAUUUCACAUUUUUACUCAUUUUUUUUUUAAUAUUUUAGGAUAUUGCAUUAAUAGAAAUAUUUAAUACAUAAGCACUUAAUACAGAUCCCAUUUUGUGGAAUAAAGUGUAUUUCUUGUAGUUUACAAAAGGAGAAAAUGUUGAGCAUUUUCUUUAAAAAAAAACUAUAUUUUUUAAAACCAAUACUAUUUAAAAUACGGUAUGUAAUUGGGCUAAAUUAUGCAGCAGUGUAACUUUUUUAUUUUUAUGUUGGGGAGUUGAAGUGUGUGACUUUACCAUUGCUUGCACUAUUUCUUUAAAACUCUGGUAAUCUCACAUUCCACUGUGAAUACUUUGAAUUGUAACUCAUAAGUUAAAUACAGUAUUUAACAGUCUCAUUAAUUUAUGAUGCUUGCUAAUUAUGAUAUACGGUAUUUAUUUUCAGUAUACUUGACAGUGACACAGUUAUGUAUAAAAGAAAGUGGGUAGAGUAUUUAAUUGAAAGGUCAUUACAAGUGAUAGGCACUGUUCUAUAUUUUCUAAAUUCUACAUAGUGAAGCCAGUCCAUGUAAAAGUGUCCUUGCAGUAACUAAAUGAAGAUUGUAUCCCGUGUCAUUCUGAGAAAUGUGAACAAUAUAUUUAGGAAGCACUGCCCUGAUGGGUGCUGGAUGAAUUGGGCUCCUGCCCCACAAGAUUCAAAUGUAGUUAGUAAGUAUUCCAAAAUGCAGAGUGCAGAGUUUGCAUACGUAAUUAUGAAAAAUGUGAUCAGUUAUUUUAAUAAUGGUUUAAAUCCAAGUAUAAUACAUGUUCCAGAAAUGCUAUUUGUACUUAAAUAGGCAUGUUCUAAAAAUGCACUUUUCUGUUAUUUAAGCGCAUAUUUCUUUUCAAAUAACUGAUAAAUUUUCUAUUCACGCUUGUAAUGAUGUGUACUUGCUCUCUCCAACCAUGUGUAAUGUAUUGUCAACGUGAUCUGUUUAGAAAUUACAUUUUCUUAACUGGAGCUGGAGCCAAACCGAAACAGGUACUUCCUUCCAAGUACCAAUUUCCCUCUGGGUCGCAAACACAUUUUAUUGGCAGUUAUUGAACUGAAAGUUUGUUUGUGUAAGGUCAAUUUCUAAACACUGAAUUUCUUACAUGUGCUGCGGCAUAUUUGCUUUGAUAUUUACUUUUACUUUUU